ACAGAUCCAUCUUCAUGUGCAAGCUCUGUAACUUAUUUUCCCCGAACCAGUCAGAGUUGCUGUCCCACGUCACCGAGAAGCACGCCGAAGAAGGGAUUACGGCGGACGACAUCAUUAUUCCGCUCAGGCCUCUUACGACGCCCUCCAAUCUGAAUAAAAGCGGGGAAGAACUUCUUGUUGUGAAGAGGAGAAGAGGUAGACCCAAGGGCUCGACCAAGAAAAUCUAUGCUGAUGAAGAAUUGGUGGAAAGCAGCAGCUGUGUUCCGAGUGAGGAUGUGCCACCAGGGCCUGAAGGAGGAGGAGGAAGAGGAGGAGAAGGCGAACUGGCAGAAGUCUUACCGGACAACUUGGAAUGCGGAAAGUGCGGCCGCAAGUUCUCUAAUUCCCGGCAGCUAAGGAAACACAUCUGCAUCAUCGUUAAAAACGAAGACCUCGAUGAUGAAGGUGAUCCAGGUAAUGAUUCUGACGUUGACCUUGACAGGACGGAAGAUGAGGGAGAAAAAGCGACUAAGAGGCCACGCUGCAGAGGACGGAGAAGAGCCCUUUUGGCAAAGGAAGCGGACCAGGUCUCGGGAGCUAAGAACCCUAUUAUAAGUGUGGUUUUGACAGCCCACGAAGCUAUCCCAGGAGCCACGAAGAUAGUCCCAGUUGAGGCUGCUGCUCCAGAAACCGAACCAGCGGCCAAUCUGGAGACGUCAGCAUUAGACUCGUUGCAGAGAAGAGGGUAUCAGGAAUAUGCCAUUCAGCAAACCCCCUAUGAGCAGCCGAUGAAAUCCAGCAGGCUAGGUGCAACUCAGUUAAAAAUUUUUACGUGUGAAUACUGCAACAAAGUGUUCAAAUUCAAGCACUCCCUUCAGGCCCACUUGAGGAUCCACACCAACGAGAAGCCCUACAAAUGCUCGUUCUGCAGCUAUGCCAGCGCCAUCAAAGCCAACCUGAACGUCCACCUGCGGAAGCACACGGGAGAGAAAUUUGGCUGCGACUACUGCCCUUUCACUUGCCUGAGCAAAGGCCACCUGAAGGUCCACGUGGAGAGAGUCCACAAGAAGAUCAAGCAGCACUGCCGCUUCUGCAAGAAGAAGUACUCGGACGUCAAGAACCUGAUCAAGCAUAUCAAGGAAGCCCACGAUCUGCUUGACAAAAAAGUGAAGGACGUGUUUGACGAGCUUCGCUUGAUGACCCGUGAAGGCAAGAGGCAGCUGCUGUACGACUGCCACAUCUGCGAGCGCAAGUUCAAAAACGAACUGGAUCGUGACAGGCACAUGCUCGUUCAUGGAGACGAGAGGCCUUUCGCUUGUGAGCUGUGCGGCCACGGAGCCACCAAGUACCAGGCACUGGAGCUUCACGUCCGCAAGCAUCCCUUUGUGUACGUCUGUUCCGAGUGCUCCAAGAAAUUUGUCAGCUCCAUCCGGCUCCGCUCGCACAUCAAAGAAGCGCACGGGGAUUUGUCCGAGUCGUCUGUUUUUAACAGUUCCAUCAAUCAGAGCUUUUGCUUGCUGGAGCCGGGUGGGGAUAUCCAACAAGAAGCCCUUGGUGAACAGCUGUCUCAGACGGCUGCUGAACUCUCGCUCUUAAACUCCAAGGCGCUUUGUAUACCGAAGAAAACUGUUUGCGCUGGUGAAUCGGACAGCCUCGAGGGAAGCCAGCGAGAUAGCUCCGGGGACAAUUUAACUGCCGCUCCGCUAGAGCUUCCCGUUCCAAGUGCUAUAGAUCCUCUUUACCAGCCGUUAACCAAAUCCCAGCCCCAAGAUGGGAGCCCGCACAGUGCUUCAGGUGACUUUCUUCUGAAAAGUUCUUCUUCAGAAGAAAAGUCUUCUCCAGGACAGGAAGAGGAAACCUCUCAUGAUCACUCGCUAGACGUAAAGUGUAAAGCCAUUCAGCUCCCCGGAGACGAAAGCUCCAGUGUUAACAGGGAUGCCCAAGAUCCCCAGUGCAUACCUGAUCCUUCAGAAAACAGCCAAUCUUCUGGUCCUCCAGAGCAGGGAGAUAACACACUAAUGACGGAAAAUGCGGACCCCUUGACGCCACUUCCUCUUCCGGAAUCAAACGCAGCCAGUGGUGAGAAUGCUGAUUCUCUCACAUCUUCAGAUCAUCGUACUGGAGCUGCAGCUUUUAUGCAGAUUCUGGAUAGUAUGCAGAAAAGACAAAUGAACACGACCUUGUGCGAGAAGAUCAGGAAGGUCUAUGGAGACUUGGAAUGUGAAUAUUGCGGCAAGCUGUUUUGGUACCAGGUGCAUUACGACAUGCACGUCCGCACGCACACUCGCGAGCACCUCUACUACUGCUCUCAGUGCAACUAUUCUUCCAUCACCAAGAACUGCCUUAAAAGACACGUCGUCCAGAAGCACAGUAACAUUUUGCUGAAGUGUCCCACCAAAGACUGUGACUAUUCCACCCCCGAUAAAUACAAGCUCCAGGCACACCUGAAAGUUCAUACAGAGAUGGACAAAAAGAAUUAUUCCUGCCCCGUGUGCGAGAAAACGUUUUCUGAAGACCGACUUAUAAAGUCGCACAUAAAGACAAACCACCCGGAGGUUUCGAUGAACACCAUCUCCGAGAUCGUGGGCAGGAGGGUUCAGCUGAAAGGGCUGAUCGGGAAGCGAGCGGUGAAGUGUCCCUAUUGCAAUUUUUAUUUCAUGAAGAAUGGGUCAGACCUCCAGCGUCAUAUUUGGGCCCACGAAGGUGUCAAGCCGUUCAAGUGCUCCCUUUGCGAAUACGCCACUCGAAGCAAGAGCAACCUGAAAGCUCACAUGAACCGGCACAGCUCCGAGAAAACCCACCUGUGUGACAUGUGUGGGAAGAAGUUCAAAUCCAAAGGCACCCUGAAGAGCCACAAAGUCCUCCACACCGCAGACGGGAAGCAGUUCAAGUGCACGGUGUGCGACUACACCGCUGCCCAAAAGCCCCAGCUCCAGCGGCACAUGGAGCAGCAUGCUUCGUUCAAGCCUUUCCGGUGUGCUCACUGCCAUUAUUCCUGCAAUAUAUCCGGCUCCCUGAAGAGGCAUUACAACAGGAAGCACCCCAACGAGGAGUACGUCAACGCGGGUUCUGGCGAGCUGGCGGCCGAUGCUCUUCUCCAGCAAGGCGGUAUCAAGUGUCCAGUUUGCAGCUUUGUGUACGGUACGAAAUGGGAAUUCAGCAGGCACCUCAAAAACAAACACGGGCUCAAACUGAUGGAGCUGGACGGGCCGAUGAAGUGGGAGAUCACCAACUGGCCUGUCAUGCAGCCCACUGUGGAAGUUGCUGAGGAAACGGCCACCCAGUAUCUCCACAUCACAGGAACGGAAGAUGCGCAAGGGACCGAGGCAGCAGUGGCCGCACUGCAGAACCUGCAGUUCACCUCAGAAAAUGUCGUUUCUCUUGCUUCUACCUGUGAAGGCGGACGACCUGACUCCACGGCUGUCAACAUCCUACAGCAAAUCAUCGAUCUGGGCUCAGAGCCUCACGACGCAGCCGCCAUGGUCGCCGUGGCCCCCAGAACUGUGACCGUCGUGAAGCAGGUGACGGAAGAGGAGCCGUCUGCCAACCACACUGUCAUGAUUCAGGAAACAUUACAGGACGCUUCGGUGGAGCUGGCCGAACAGCAUCAUCUGGUCAUUUCUAACGAGGUGGAAGGGAUCGGGACAGUGACUGUCUACACCCAAGGAGGAGAAGCCUCGGAACUUAUUGUGUACGUGCAAGAAGACAUGCAGGCUGUGGAGGCUCAGGCUGUGGAAGACGAACAAUCCGCACCGAAAAUGUAGCUAC